AUGGGCAAUGCAUUUCAGUUUGUGGAGGGCUUCCAGCCCAGCAGAGCCAACAAACGAUUGAUACGGCGCCAUGCCAUGAUUGGGAGGAAUGCUGGGAAGUCGGUGCAUAGAGCUUCGCGUUUGUCCCUAGCGACCAAGCAACCGCCACGCCAAUGCUCGUUGCCCAGACGGUCCUUUGUAACUUUACAUCACGGCGAUGCCCAAAAAAACGAAAUUACAGGACCAGUCUCGAUUCUUGCCAGCCUCGGAGAUGGAUUUCUGUCCUGCUCACUGCCUGUCGAGUUUACACCGUCAUCACUUCGAGUUGUCAGUCAAUUCUUCAACUUUGUAAUUGAGAAAAUGUAUCCCACCAGGCUGGGCGGCGCUGCUCAAGAAUACCAGUACAUCUACCUCCGGGCGAUGUUUCCGGAUGAAGCCACAGCAAAGUGCAGUAUCGCUUUGAUGGACGCGACCAAUGCAUUCUUUGUCCGCGGUAGUCCCCACGGGUCAGAGGGUCUACAACAUUACUCCCGCUCCCUCGCUGUAGUCUCCGACAGGCUGCGUGGGCGUGAAGCUCUUGCAGAUUCGACAUUGAUGCUCAUUGUGCUACUAGUUCUCCAAGAGCAGAUGAGACAAGAGGUCGAAGCUGCACGCGUUCAUUACGAGGGCCUCAAGAAGAUGAUUCAGCUUCGGGGCGGUCUUGCCCAACUUGAAGACAAUGGCCCUGUGGCAUUGAAGAUAUGCAAAAUGGACAUUUGCUUUUCUCUAUACCAUGGAGGACCAAUUUCAUUUUGCCAAAGUUGCGAAGCUUCGAUGCAACCCAGACCCCAUCGGGAGGCAACGACAAUCAUCCUUCCUCAUGACUUGGACCCUUCUCUGCAAAACAUUCUUCUGGAUGCCAUGGACUUGGCUUCCACACUCAACAGGGGUAAAAACUGCCCGGAAUAUCAAAGGCUGGACUUGCAAAUGAUACUCGUCUCAGUCGGCUGCCGAUUGCUCAAAUUCCAGCCUCUCGAAUCCGCCCAUGAUUGCUCAGAGACGGAUAAAAUCUACCAUGUCGGGCUUUUGCUCUAUAUGAUGACUCUAUUCUUUCAGUACGACCUCCAAAGAGUCUGGGAGUUUCCCCUUGUGAUGCGUCGGCUCCAGGACGUGCUCGCGCCGUACAGCAGGAUCAGUCUAGAGAAAGAACGCAAUGGCCUACUGCUAUGGACUUUACUCAUGGGUAGCAUUUGGGCAAUGGCAGACACGAGAGAGCGCUGGGCUGUCACAAUGUUACGAGAAGCUAUUAACGACAUGAAGAUCACCGACUUUGAUGGCAUGCUCUCUUCCGUCAACAAGCUUCCAUGGGUUCAUUCGAUACAUGAUGAGCCUGCCCGAUCUUUAUGGAACAUUAUCAAGGGAGAUUCAUAA